AUGGCCAUAACCAAGAACGAAGAAAUCCAAGGUAUCACCAACGUCGAGCAGAUCUCCCAAGUGCUCCAAACCGUGGACGAGAAGUCCGCACUGGACCUGAAAGAGACCUUGAAAAAGUCUAAGCAAGGAGGCUAUGAGCCAGACAACCCGGAGGAGCGGCGUCGCUCUCGGGCCCUGAACCGGAAGCUCGAUAUUUUCGUCUUGCCCUUCUGUGUCCUGGUCUAUCUUUUGAAUGGGUUGGAUCGCAGCAACCUUGGAAAUGCACAAACUGAUGGGCUUACGGACGACCUGGGUAUGCCCGAAACUGCCGUCAACACGGCGGCCUCUCUCUUCUUUGCCACAUUUGUCCCACUGCAACCAAUCUCAGCCGCGAUCGGAAAGAGGCUCGGCCAAUCUUACUGGCUAGGAGCCAUUGCCUUAGGUUGGGGCAUAGUAACAUUGUGCCACGCCUUCAUCAAGACAGAAGGACAGCUAAUCGCUAUUCGACUGUUGAUUGGCGUUUUCGAGUCUGGCUUCUACCCGACUUGCGUCUCGUAUCUAAGCACCUUUUAUCCCCGAUUUGAUCUGGCAUUCCGCAUUGGUCUGUUCUACGGCUCUUACACCAUUGCCGGUGCUUUCGGUGGUUUGAUUGCCUACGGGUGUUUCCAUAUCCAGGGCAGCUUGCACGGCUGGCAGUAUCUCUUCAUUAUUGAAGGCUGCAUCACGAUUGCCGUAGCCUGUGUAACGCCAUUCUGGCUGCCGCCGAGUCCACAGAGGGCCUGGUUUCUGAAGGAGACUGAGAGGCAAUUUGCCGAGCGCCGGAUGGUGAUUGAUGCCGCGUCAAAUCUUGAUUCGACCAAGAAGCUUACGAAACGAGACAUCUGGGAGGGAAUCAAGGACUGGAAACUAUGGGGCGUCCUUCCUUUCAACAUCUUGGCCAGCAUUGCUCCUCAAGGAUUCACCAUCUUCUUUCCCAUCGUUGUCAAGGGUCUAGGUUAUUCCGGGGCGACUGCGAACCUCAUGACCGUACCCCCAUAUGUGAUCGGCACGAUAUUCCUCCUCUGUUUUGCAUACUCAUCCGACCAUUUCCGGGAGCGUACUGCUCAUAUCCUGGUUGGUCUGACCAUCGUAAUUAUUGGUCUUAUCUGCACUAUUACCAUCCCACUUUCCAACAUCGGAGGACGUUAUGGUGGCCUCGUAGUUCUGCUCGCGGGAACGUUCAUCGCGGCUCCGAUCACAGUGGCUUGGCUCGCAGGUAAUACGCCUGAGCCCGGAAAAAGGACCUUCAUCCUCGGUAUUAAUGGCUGGGGGAAUUUGGGCGGAAUCAUUGGCAGCGAGCUAUUUCUCGCCGAAUACGGUCCAGAUUAUCACUAUCCACUCCGAGUCACGGUGGGUUUGAUCGCGGUGGCGUGGGUUGGGUACUUCUGCUACCAUUAUGAGCUGAGGUUUGCCAAUCGAUGGAAGGCCCAAAAACUAGCUACUAUGAGUCCUGAGGAGGUAGAGGCAGAGAACCGGGACGACAAGCGGUAUGCGGACAAGAAAUGGACUUUCGUUUACGGGCUGUGA